UGGGCAAUUUCCCAAAACACGAAAAGUUCGGGAGUGAGGGGCCUUUUCGGCAUUAAAAGAGUGAGGGUUCUUAAGAAAACCCUAAUUCCACCAGAACCCUAAACUUCGGUUCCUUCGCCGAGCAAACCAAGCAACCUGAGACUGUGGGAAGGAGCUCAUCGGAGAGGAAAAAAAAAAAAAAAACAUGGCGAAAUCCAUGAGAUCCAAGAGAGAGAAGAGGCUGAGGGCCAUCAGGAGAGAGAUGGUUGACCCUUUUUACGACAAGAAAGAAGCCGCGAAGCUCGCUGCUCAAGAGGCUGCCCUUGCUGCCCCUAAGCUUCCCGUGCGUUCCUCUCCUUUCACCUCCAAUGUCUCUACUAUGGACGUUGCACUAGCCUCUACUUCUUCCGCCCCUGACGCUGCUAUGGAUGUGGACAUGGAUGAUUGCAGUAGAAGCAACACGCUGAAGCCUGUAGGUGGAGUUGGCAAGAAAUCCAAAAGAAAAUUCAAGGUUGGCAAGGCUAAGCGCCGGGGUAAAUGCAAGGUCAAGAGGAAUCGCCACAUUUGAUCUCUGAUAGAUGUUUUUCCCCAUGGCCAGUAUAGAUAGUCUCGUGGAACAGUACUAUAUUAUAUUUUUUCAGUUCAUUUGUCACACUCGAAAUUUUGUAGUAGGCUAAAUCUGAAGAUAUAUCUUAUUUGACUCUAAAGGUAAUUAAGGCCCUGUUCAACUCA